AUGCAUCUCACCAACAGUGCCUCCCUCUUUCUCGCCACUCAGCUCACAUUGGCCCAGACGGUGGUAACAAUCACAGAAGGUUCGCCGAGCCCAACCGCAGAGCCGGAAUGGACAUCGGACGACACCUUCACAUCAGCGGUCCUCAACAGCACAAACUCUUAUCGCAACGAGCAUAAUGCUUCUGACGUGACCUGGAACAACACCCUUGCCGAUUUCGCGACUGAUUACCUAGACGACAUGCCGGGCGACAGCUGCAAUUUUGGGCACUCUGGCGGACCCUACAGCGAGAACCUGGCCAAGGGGUACCCCAGCACAACGCUGAGCAUCGAGGCGUGGGGCGAAGAGCGCGAUGAUUACGAUUUCGAUACGGGAGAGUUCGACGAGCGUACCGGCCAUUUUACGCAGCUCGUGUGGAAGAACACCAGUGAUGUCGGUUGUGGGCGCAAACUGUGUGGCGACAGGCAGUGGUACCUGGUUUGUGAAUACUGGCCGAGGGGCAAUGUCGUCGGCCAGUUUGUAGGGCAGGUGCAAGAAGAGGCACUCGGGGUGAUAAAUACUCCUGGACUGGGACUCAGUAUUGUUGGAAUCGUGUCAUUUUGGAUAUUGGCUUCAUGA